CAUCAUCCUCCACUCCCUCACUCGCUCACACUCGCUCACCAUCACUCUCUAACACUCACACACACAGCGAGAGUGAGAGAUAGAAGGGAUUAGAGAGAGAGAAAGAGCCAGAGUAUAGUAAUGGCCAUUCUCUUCCACAUUCCCCAUAUUGCCCCUACUACUGUCCUCUAUUUCCUCCUCCUCCUCCUCCUAUCCCCAGCCCCACCGCCUGUCCUGGCCGUUAACAUCACCGCCCUCCUUUCCUCCUUCCCAGAGCUCUCCUCCUUCGCCUCCCUCAUCUCCUCCACCAUCUCCUCCGAUCUCGACGACCGCACCUCCAUCACGCUACUUGCCGUCCCCAACCCCUACCUCUCCAACUCCGACCUCCUCACGCGCCGCCUACCCUCCAGCUCCCUGGCCGACGUCUUCCGCUACCACGUCCUCCUGCGCUACCUCUCCUGGUCCGAGCUCCACCAGAUCCCCCCUUCCGGCCUCCUCGUCACCACGCUCUUCCAAACCACCGGACGGGCCACCAGCAACUACGGCUCCGUCAACAUCACCUUCAACCCUUCCAACGGCGUCGUCUCGAUCCGCUCGCCCGCCCCUUACUCCCCCUCAAACGCCACCGUUUUGUCCCUCCUCAAAACCCUUCCCUACAAUGUCACCAUCUUCACCGUCAAUUCCCUCCUCGUCCCUUACAACUUCGAUCUCAUGGCCUCCGAGACUCGCCCCCCUCUGGGCCUCAACAUCACCAAGGCCCUCAUCGACGGCCACAAUUUCAACGUCGCCGCCUCCAUGUUGGCGGCCUCCGGCGUCGUCGAAGAGUUCGAGGCCGACGAGCGCGGCGCCGGGAUCACACUCUUCGUCCCGACCGACGCCGCCUUCGCCGAUCUUCCCGCGACCGUCAGGCUCCAGUCUCUGCCGGCUGACAAGAAGGCGGUGGUCUUGAGGUUCCACGUGCUCCACUCGUACUAUCCGUUGGGUUCUCUGGAGUCGAUCGUGAACCCGGUCCAGCCCACAUUGGCCACCGAGGACAUGGGCGCCGGUAGGUUCACGCUCAACAUCUCCAGGGUGAACGGGUCGGUGUCGAUCAACACUGGGAUCGUUCAGGCGUCGGUGACUCAGACCGUGUUCGAUCAGAACCCGGUGGCGAUCUUCGGGGUCUCCCAAGUGCUGUUGCCGAGGGAGAUUUUCGGGAAAGACCCAACGGUGAAUUCCAAGCCCGGAACCCCCGUGAUGCCCGGCGCUACACCGCCGGAUAUCCCUCUUUCGCCGGAGAAUUCUCCGGGACUGGACGGCUCGCCCUCGCACCUCUCGUCUCCCCCGGGUUUCCGCCAAGAGAUCACAUCGGGAGCGGCCAGUGAUGGUUGUCUACGGAGCUUGGUACUCGCAUUGUGUUGUAUAGAAUUGUAUUUAGUUUUAUGAGAUUAAUUUAUUUUCCCUCAUAAUUAUUGAUUUUUUUUUUCUUACACGGUGAAUUAGAAUGGCAAUUGGGAUGCGUAGGCAGCCUUCUUGGCAAUUUUUCUUCGUUAUUGAAUGUCAAUUGUGUUCAUGUCUGAAUAAUUUAUAUCAAAUAGCACCAUUUUUGUUUCCAUCUUCUGAAUUCUU